AUGGAGAGAACUUUUAUCAUGAUCAAGCCCGAAGGUAUCAAGCGAAGGCUGAUGUCCAAAGUGAUCCAAAGAUUCGAGGAAAAGGGACUGUACCUAGCCGCUUCCAAAUGUGUAAUUCCAAAGAAAGAGGUUCUAGAACAGCACUAUUCCCAUCUGUCUGCCAGGCCAUUUUUUGGUGAAAUGGUGGAGCACAUGAUGUCUGGAAUGGUUCUAGCAAUGGUGUGGGUUGGUAAAGAUGCUGUAUCUGUGGGAAGGAAACUAAUUGGAGAAACAAAUCCUCGGGAAGCCUCUGUAGGAACUAUCCGAGGAGAUUAUGGAAUGGCUACGGGAAAAAACAUCAUCCAUGGCUCGGACUCGGUUGAAAAUGCCGAGAAGGAAAUCAAGCUUUGGAUUGGGGACGAAGCUCUGCCAAUGUCCUUCUUUGAUGAGAAAUGGGUCUAUUAA